AUGCAAUUCAAAUUAUUAGCUGCCAUCGCAGCCUUAACUGUCUCCGUCCAAGCCAUUGGUGAUCUUGCCUUCAAUUUAGGUGUUCAAGAUAACGCUGGUAACUGUAAAACUGGUACUGAAUAUGCCGCUGAUUUCGCUGAAAUGGCCAGUUACGCUAAAAUCGUUAAAACUUAUGCCGUUUCUGAUUGUAAUACUUUACAAAAUAUUGGUCCUGCCGCUGAAUCAGCUGGUUUCCAAUUAAUGUUAGGUAUUUGGCCAACUGAUGAUGCUCAUUUCCAAGCUGAACAACAAGCUUUACAACAAUAUUUACCAACUAUUAGUGUUGAUACUGUUUAUAACUUUAUGGUUGGUUCAGAAGCUUUAUAUAGAGGUGAUUUAACUGCUCAACAAUUAGCUGCUGAUAUUCAAACCAUUAAAACUUUAUUACAAGGUAUUAAUGAUAAAAAUGGUGUAUCUUAUGGUAGUGUUCCAGUUGGAACUGUUGAUUCUUGGAAUGUUUUAGUUGAUGCUUUUAAUGCUCCUGCUAUUGAAGCUGCUGAUUUUGUUUUUGCUAAUGCUUUUAGUUAUUGGCAAGGUCAAACUAAUCAAAAUGCUUCAUAUUCAUUCUUUGAUGAUAUUAUGCAAGCUUUACAAGUUAUUCAAACUACUAAAGGUUCAACUGAUAUUACCUUUUGGGUUGGUGAAACUGGUUGGCCAACUGAUGGAACUGCUUUUGAAAAUUCAGUUCCAAGUGUUGAAAAUGCUGCUAAUUAUUGGCAAAAUGCUAUUUGUGCUUUAAGAGGUUGGGGUGUUAAUGUCGCUGUUUUUGAAUAUAAUGAUGAAAUUUGGAAACCAAAUACUUCCGGUACUUCUGAUGUUGAACAACAUUGGGGUGUUUGGGAUUCAACUGGUACUUUGAAAUAUGAUUUAGGUUGUCAAUUUAGUUAA